AUGUACUCGGCUCGAAAUCGGAACGCCAUGAUCACAGACGAUACUUUUCAAAUACAGGACUGGCUGCGGUCAAACGGCAACCAUGACCGAGGCUACCCGGAGUUUGAUUACCACCAUAGGAUCCGCCCUCUUUCACCAGUUAAGAGGCACCGGAUCUCCACUAUUACCGACGGGAGAGUACCGGACCGUCGGAGACAGCUCAAGUCAAUGGAAUCGCUGUUGGGAUUGAGCGAUGAAAACUUAAACGGCAAACAUCUGAAUUCCGAGGCUGUUACGAGAGCAUCCCCGGAUGUGCAGGACUCUCUGGAUAGGGCUUUAAUGGACUUCGAAGAGACCCUUGAGUUGGCGUUUCAGUCAAACUCUAUUGUUCCGCCACCUAGAGGAUUUUCCAAUCAAAACUUGGUUGAAGGUGAUGAAUCAAAUUUCAAUAAGCUUGACAGUAGCUUUGAGAGCAAUACUACAACUGGCAGUAGUGGUUAUUCCACCAAGCCUGAUCAAUCCAUGCAUCGGUCUCUAAACACUUAUAACGAGCUCCAACUCAUCAGGGAACAAAUGGUGAAGAGCUUGGAGAUUAUCAAAGAUUUAGAAGAACAGGUUAAACUGGUGCCUAUGCUUAAGGCGCAGGUAUCCUCAUUGAAUUUGGAGAAGCAGCGCCUAUCCUCUGAAUUAGAAAAACACAAAACAUUUGAGAAUACAAAUAAAUAUGCAACAGUCGGUAGUGGAUGGUCUCUGUCGGCGUCUCCAGCUAACAGGCGCGUAACCGUGUCCACCAAAGAGGUGGGCGUCAAUUGCGUACCCAUGUGCCGGGACGUAGGAGUGACGACACCGUCGGCCACGUCGGUGAACACGUCCACAAUGACGGAACGGCCUCCGUCCGGGGCGGCCGUGCACACCCAGACGGACGCCGCUACCAAGACCGCCACAAUGGUGGCGCAUACCCAGACCAAGGACGUUGUAAAGCCGGCCACUUCAGUGGCACACACUCAGACUAUGGCGGUCACUGACGUCCAGCCGGCCACUGUAAUAGUGGCUGAGGUGGCUGCCGUGACGCCGACAACAACGGCAAACGUCGGAACACAGUCUUCCAGGCCGGCAGCCGUCAGAACAACCACGGUCGGCGUAACAGCCAGGCCGCGGACGUACGACGCCAGCGUGGCCGCGAAACCGACGCUCAAGCACGUCGGAUGUUCGGCUGACGUUUCGACGGACGCGAAACCAGCCGCGGCACCGGUGACGCGCGCCACCCAGACGGACGCCACCCAGACGGACGCCAGAGACGACCGAAGCGGCCAUAAUCGCACCACGCAAACGGAAGCCGUGGCUGUUCCGGAAGUCGCCGCCGUCAGGGCAAAUCCAACGGAAGUUGCUUCAACCCGGGCUAAUCCAGCGGAAGUCGCUUCCACCCGAGCUAAUCCAACGGAAUCUGCGGUCACGCGGCCUAAUUACGCAACUAUCGGCCGACGGAGCAAUUCGUUCCAUCAUUACACGGCGGGUGGUGCCGCGGACACGACAACGUCGCCGGUCACGUCCAAGAUACCUCGUCUGAAGCCCGUCACUCCCGAACUCAACCGGAAAGUGUUGACCAGACAGGAUACGUACACAAAGACCGCGGCCGAGAUCUGCACCGACGAUCUGCAACACCAACCGUCAUUUUCGUCGUCACCGCCGCCUCCACCACACGUGACCGAUGACGUCAGCAGAUCUAAAGAGUCAAUGUCGUCGACACCAGAACUUCAAAAUGGGCUUCCUGAAUCGGAUAUGAAUUUCCAACCCAUCCAGGACGAAUUGUACAAGGAUAGCCCUAGCAAAGAAAUGAAGGGCGCGUUGAAAGUACUCAACGAUUCUCUGAAGAAAACGUCGGCCACGCUAUUGCCCAGGACCCAAUUGAAACAAGCCAUCGACAUUGUCCGAGAAGAAUGGUUCAAGGUGACGAGCUCGAGCAAUUGCGGUGGCCACCUCGUAAAGAAUUAUGUCAACUGGUUCACUUCAUACUCGCCGGUUUUGCUGGAAUUCAUAAUCAACAUGACAGAUGCUGCGGGCAACACCGUACUGCAUUAUUCGAUUUCCCACGGAAAUUUCGACGUCGUGUCCAACAUACUGGAUACGGGCGUCUGCAAUGUCAACUUGACAAAUGACGCGGGCUAUUCAAGCGUCAUGCUUGUCUCGUUGGCCGACAUAAAAAAUGAAGACGAGAUGAAGAUCAUCACAAGACUGUUCAAAUGUGGCGAUGUCAACUUACAGGCUAAAAAACAUGGCCAGACGACAUUAAUGUUGGCAGUUUCACAUGGUAAAUCAGAAGUGGUGAAAUUACUUCUGGAAUGCGGAGCCAACCUCAACAUGCAGGAUGAAGACGGAAGUACUGCUUUAAUGUGCGCGGCCGAACACGGUCUUCAGGACAUCGUUAAUAUACUGUUGGCUUGUCCGGAAUGUGAUGUGUCCAUCGCAGAUAACGACGGAAGUACGGCACUCAGUAUUGCCAUGGAAGCGGGACACAAAGAAAUCGGGAUAGCACUGUAUGCCAAACAGCAUAUACUGUCCCGAGAAAAUUCACCGUUCAAUUUGUCGAAAUCGAAGAGGUCGAGGAGCGCUAACACCGUGAUGCCGUCGAAUAACAUGACUUACUCGCAUUUGUCGUUAAAAAAAUCACCGAGUCUGCAGCCUAGAGAAUACGCCACGCUGUCUUCCAUGCUGAAAACGCGGAUUCCUUAA